CUUCACACGUCGUCUCCAUUCUUCCCCAAAAAGCCAAACCAGCAACUUGUCUUCCUCCCACUGUCUUAGUCUUUCUAUCUGCAACCAACAAAGAUCCAAGAACAAUAAGUAGAGAUGGUGACCUGAGAAAUCAUAGUAGAUCAAAGGAGGAAGGCUAGAACAAGAAGUUAGCCAACUAGACUGGGAUCUGGAAGUAGGAGCAGCACUAGAAGAAACAGCAGAGAAGGCAAAAGAAGAAAGGAAGCGAGUACAGUCCAAAGAAGGAGGCGCUACAAAAGCAAAUCGAGUCCGGGUCUGAAGCAAAGCUUGUAUGAGAAUCCUACUGCACCAAGUGAGGAGAGCAAUGGUGAUGGCUACAACUACACAGGGGACCUAGACGUGGAUCCAUCUAGUGCUAUGUACGAUCUGGAUGCCACAUAUGGGGGUUGGGAUGAAUAAGUAACUAUGACCUAGCUAUGUAAUCCAGGAACUAUUUUAUCAUCAUCUAUCUGGUACUUCUAGUUGGAACUCCGGUGUUAGGAGAUGUAAUAAUUUGGCGAACAUGUGAGAAGCCUACUUGAGACUUUUAGCCCUGCGUGGCAUGGUAUUGUAAUAUAAAGGACCAUCUAUAACUAUUUCCCUGCUGCAUAUCUCUGACAUGGAUUAUUAUUUGACAAAACAAUAUUUUGUCAAGAAAUAAUCCAAGGACUAGUGUCAUUAUCUAUAAUAAUAAUGACAUGGGUCUUCACAGGUGGUAUCAGAGCCAUGGUUUCGAGGGCCACGCAGAUAGUUAGAGACGGUUGUAAUAGUUUAGGUUGAACCCAUACUUGCUAUAUUGCACCACUAAUUAAUUCCACCUCACCAAACGUACCACCUACACCACCCCAGCCAUUACCUAAACAUAUAGCUGAACUAGAACCAGCCCUACAGCCAAAUAUAGAGCAGCAACAGCUACACCACUUCCCUAUUCCACGACUACACCAACCUGACUUUAUCCACCCACACAUGAGUGUCAGCUCGAGGGAGUACAAGGAGGCUGCUACCUAUGCAAGGGUACUUGGGCUUGGCGCGAGUGGCAGCGACGGAAGUAAUGGAAGUGGCAGCGGUCUAUGUUUUAAAGGCGACGCCUUGCUUUAAGGCGCUGGGGGGGCGCUUCGGCGCCUAGGCGACGCCUAGGCGCCUAAAGCGGACGCCUAGGCGCCUAAAGCGCAAAGCGCUGGGGGGGCGCCUCGAUGCCUAGGCGUCGCCUAGGCGUCGCCUUACGGACGCCUUUAAAACAUAGGCAGCGGUAGCAACAAUGGCGUGGCAGCGGUAGCAACAAUGGCAGUGGUAGCGGCAUCGCUUAAUCAAGUUCCAAUCUGCCAGACUCUUAGGCGUGGGACACCUUGGCCAUAGACUAGUCUUUUGGGAUCAGCGGUAGUUAGUGUAGUGGCAGCCUGAACAUGUGGGUUUAUGUAAGGUAUGUGUGAACUGGAAGGCAGAGUUUGUCCCCUAUGUACUAGUAGGAUCUGAACCCUAGUUGUAAUGCAGUUAUGCCCUUAAUUAAGACUUAUGUGACGUAUUGGUUGUAAUAUAAGUGCUUGUUCUGUAGUAUAUAACUUAUGUGCAUUAGGAGGCUCGUAGUACCUUACUAUUGUGUGCUUUAGUGAGUAAGACAGAGGAGGACAUAAUCCUACGAGACAGAAGUAAUAGGUUUGCCAUUGUCCUAUGAGAGACACAUGAGUAAUUAGAGUUGUAUCAUUCUGGUUAGUAAGAGGCAAUUGCCAGCAGGAUUGCACUCCAUGUCUGGUUACUACAAAUUAAGGAUAGCAUGCUAUUUAUUGAUAUCACUUGCACUUCUGCUUGCUGAUUGAAUCAAUAAUCAUGCAAAUAAGUAACCAACAAAAAAAAUGCAGGAUGAAUAACAAUGGUUUGAGUGAGCAAGACCUUAUCUUUCGUUUGGGAUCAAGCGCCCAUGAUCAGCAUGGGGGUACUCCAGCUUCAGAAGAUCAAAGUGUUCUACCUAGACCGGUGCAACUUCCAAGCAACCCAAAAGUUGGCAAUGCUGGAACUUCUGGACUUAUGGGUGAAGAAGGCAAUCUGGGAGAUGUCCUUAAGUUCAUGGAGAAUUCUCGAAGGGAGUCCCAAGAUAACGAGAACCGCUUGCUCGAAGCGAUACUGACAAGACUAGUUCCUGGAGGAGCACACCUACCCGGUGUGGGAGUUAGCUUGGGAGAAUUUUUGAAAACCCAGCCACCCACAUUCUCCAAGGCGGUGGAUCCACUAGAGGCGGAUGGCUGGCUAUUAGAAGUAGAACAUAAUCUAGAAACCGUAGGGUGCUCAAAUGAAGAGAAGGUGAGAUAUGCAUCGCACCAGUUAACCGGACCAGCAGCAGCUUGGUGGAGAAAUUUCAGCCUUAACCGAGCAAAUAAUCAGCCUAUCACAUGGGAGGACUUCAAGAAGAAUUUCUGUCAAACCCAUAUUCCAAAGGGAAAGAUGGAUAUCAAAAAGAGGGAGUUUCGCAAUCUAACUCAAGGUAGCAAGAGGAUAAACGACUACCUAAACCAAUUUAAUGAUUUGGCAAGGUAUGCUCCAGAUGAUGUGAACACAGAAGCCAAGAAGGUGGAAAAGUUUAUGGAGGGGCUACAUCCAUUCCUGAAAAUGCACCUCUCAAUUCACGGGAUCACCCAGUUUCAAGACCUUGUCAACAAGGCCUUCGUACUGAAGAAUGAACAUGCCAACCUAAGUGAAGAGAGAAGGAAGAAAGCUAGGGUAGAUCCACACCCCAUGAUGCAGCACCCACGUCUUAUGAUGCAUGGACCAGUGCGUCCUCAUAUGCCACCACCACGGCCUAGAUUCCCUACUCAGCCAACCUUUGUUCCUAAAUGUGGGAAGUGUGGAAAGGGUCAUGCUACUCGUGAUUGUAUGACCGGUAUAGGACUUUGCUUCAAUUGUGGGAGACCAGGACACCACAAGCUCAAUUGCACCUCUCCUCCCGCAAAUCCUACAAGGCCACCUAUGCAGCAGACUCAAGUGCAUCGUCCACCAGCUGGGCGAGGACAAGGCGGACCUAUGAGCUAUGCAGCAAGAGGAGUUGGGCAUGGAGGACAAGUAGGAGGACAGCCAAGGCUGAAUUAUAUGGCUGCAGAGCAACUAGAAGAAGCUACAGAUGUUGUCAUCGGUAAACUACUCAUUCCUCCUUCAGUUGGUACAAUUCUUUUUGAUACCGGUGCCGCUCACUUGUUUAUUUCUCAAGAUUUCGUGAAUAAGAAUGGAUUAACAUGCACACCGUUGGAAAAAGCUUUAGGAGUUAACUCACCUGGAGGGAAGAUUACAGUAGAGGCAAUGUGCAGAAAUCAACCAAUAACAAUCCAGAACACCAAUUUUUUAGCAAACCUGCAUGUCAUAGAGAUGUCAGGGUUAGAAAUAAUCCUUGGGAUGGAUUGCUUGGCUGCUAAUGGAGUGAUAGUAGAUUAUGAACAUAAAGGUGUGUAUAAAAGUAUUACCAAUGAGAGGGGUUCGACGCUUUGGAAUCAAAGGGAAGCUAAGUCCUAGAUAUGUUGGGCCCUUUAAAAUUUUAGAGGAGGGGAAAUCUGCUUAUAAGUUGGAAUUACGACAACACCUAUCAAGGAUUCAUGGUAUCUUCCACAUAUCUCAACCUAGGAAAUGCAACAAGCCACCACCACAAGUGUCACACUUGGAAAUUGAAUUGCAACCAGGCCCGACCUAUGAAGAACGACCAUUGAAGAUACUACAAGUUGAAAACUGCAAGCUCAGGACAAGAACAAUUCGAUUCUUCAAGGUUUAAUUAAAGGGCCACUCAGUCUGUGAGGCAAUGUGGGAGAAGGAGAAAGACCUACGAGCGACCUACUCAAAUCUUUUCAUGUAGGUUUUGAUUUCGAGGACGAAAUCUUUUUCUAAGGAGGGUAGGAUGUAACGACCCGUAUUUUUGUCAUAUAGUAAUUCCACCCUUAAUUAGAUAAUUAAGUACAAUUUAUUAAGCAUCCUAAAAAAAUACAUUUCAGAUUUCUUCAACAAGCAUAACCACUCAAAUAUAUAUUUAUAUUCACACAUCUCAAACAGUACAGUUGUACAGUUAUAUUACAAAUCUUUGGAAACAAAAAAAUAUAUAGGGAGACCAGACUAUGCUAAGCUAUACAACAAUGCCACACCAAACUUAGACCAACAAAAAAAUAUCUCUGGGUCAACCAAGACAGCAAGACACAUUUGAGAUACACAUUUGACCACCACCAUCACGUGCAUAAUAUGUAUAUCAGUAGUCAAUUGACCAACAGUUGGUCUAGGCAUGGGCUGCAACUCCUAGCCAAUAGAAAGGCUCCACAAAGGCAACACGGUAAAGAAGGGAUGGGCAGCCAUACCAGCC